CGCGGAUGCAGAACAGCGGGAAGCAACAAGAAAUGGCAACAGCGGUAGCAGCGAACAGCCGGUUCGACAUGUCCAGUAUCAAGGACGAGGAGAAGCUGGAGCUCGAUAGAGCUGAUGAAGGGAAGUUUGAGGGGAGCAGCAGAAAGCCUGAAUGCGAGGGUAUCGAUGCCACCAAGAGUGGUAGGAGCGGGUCCAUCGUUGGGCUGUCCGAGGUCGGGAAGGUCGGACUGAUUGAUGAGACUGAAGCCGAUGUCGAUCAGAGCACCACGUUGCAAGGUGGUGGGGACGAGGAGAAGCCAAAGAAAGCUCCUGCCAGGCCAAUGAUAAGACGAGCCAAUACCCUGCAUGUCGACUCGCCGAGUGCAGCGAUUACCUCGGCCCCUGCCCCUGAAUGCUUCAGGGGGAUAUGCGCCGUUAUGGGGAUGUGCAUAUGUAACAUGAAGGACAGAGCGCAACCCACCAUCGCCUCCUCAAAGCUAUGUCAGAACUCGUUCAGAAAGCUUGCGGUCGAGGCUCAGGAAGCUCCUCCUCCUGAGGUCGAGAAGCCUGUCAGACCCGAUGUGAUCAAGGAGAAGGAUGGGGAUAAGCUUGUGGACGGGACUAAGGAGGAGGAGGGAGGGGAGAAAGAGGAGGAGGGUUCUGGGAGCGAGGAGAAGGGAGCAGAGGAAAAGGCCGGGGAAACAACACAGAAUUCCUCAGUGGGGGGAGGAGCAGAGGAGAGUGUCAAUCUAGUGGGGUCAACGGUGAAAGGAUUCUUUUGAUUCUUUUGUGCAAGUAGUACAGCUAGAUUUUGUUAGCUGGUCUUUUUUUUUGAUUCUUUGAUUCGCUUGUAUUCUUUCAAUCAGGAUGUAGGAAAAAAACGCAAUGAACGUUGAAAACUUCCUC